AUGACUGACCAUAUACUGGAGGUCGCUGAGACCAUCCAAACUGCCUCCAUCGUAUCGCACCCGUCUGCUGCUCACGACAUCAAUCCGUCCACCGCAGCCUCGGAAAAGCUGCCCGUCGUUGCAGCCCCGGCUUCCGAUGCUGGCAGCCUCUCCUCGGACAUUGUUGACCCAAGUCGCGUAAUCCGACCCCUUCGUCGGCGUCAGACGCUUCCUCCGUUGCCCGAUUUGCGCUUUGAGCAGAGCUAUCUCGCCAGUUUGAAAGAUGCCGACACCUGGGGUCGAGUAGCGUGGAUUACCGUCAGGGACCAGGUCCUCCUCCCCCUCAUCCAAGGCACAGUCUGGACACUCGCGCUCUCCGGCUGGCGCUUCUGGAACCGCAAUGCCUCGCUCAGUGGACACACACUAGGAAGCAGAAUCCGCAGGUGGUGGUACGGUGUCAACAACUGGAAACUGCCGCCUGUGGGCUGGACCAAGGAUCCCAAGCUGGCCUCUCAGGUCGAGGAGGAGUUUCUGCAGUUCUACGAAGCCCAGUUCUCCAACGCUGGUUCUGACUGA